AUGUGUCCUGCAACUGUCGAUUUGGCAGGAGAUUUGACUCAAUCAACUGCGGUUUGGUUCCCACUUCAAACACACCUCCCCCAGUCUGUGUUCAGAACGACUCCCGAGACUCGCGGUGGGAGCAAGCGGAUCGGGAGAAUCAAAAGUCAGCCUUCUUUUGGUCUCUGCUUGUGGCAGAUGCACAGCUGCUGCCUCUCCAACCCCAAGGGUCCAGCCCCCUCCGUGCCUUGCUGCUCAGUGGCAGCGCUGGGUGGAGAUGAGGGGGUGAGGAGGGCGUGGGUGGGGGGACGCCAAGCAGCGCAACGAGCCCAUGGUGGCGGCGGGGCUGUCUCUUUAAGCGCUCUGGAGGGGCCUGGGCGGGAGGGCGGCGAGCGCGUUUCCAUGGCACCGAGGCUGCGGGGGUUGCGGGGCCGCAGGGCUCGCUCGGUUCCAGUCGCUCCCGGCAGAGCAGGGGCGCGCAUCUUGGCGGUUACGGCGCCUCGGGGGCUCGCCGGGCAGCUGCUCCAGCGCUCCCGGCAACGUGUGAUACCCAGUGGGGUCGAGCUGCUGCGGCGCCCUCCGCCGGGAGACGCACCUCGCCAGUCUCGCAAGCCCCGCACACCAACUUCUGCCCGGCGAGCCCAACUUCUGCGGCGGGCUCGGACUUUCGGAGCGGGAGAGGCGCGCGGCGCGCAGCCUGGGUGGUGGCUGGAGCAGCUCUGCCUGGCGGAGAUGACCUCGCGACUGUGGCUCUGGUGCUUCUGUGCCUGGGUGGCCGCCAGCUGGCCGCCAGGCAGCGCCCUACAGCUCCGGCCGGACAUGCCAAAUGUUUGUGAAGAACAGCAACUGGCAGUGGUAGGACUUGCACACCCGUGUGUCCGAGCAUUCACACGCACCAUCAAGCUGUGGAAACAGGGCUGUGCUGGCCCAAGAGGCUGUGUGGGUUAUGAAAGAAGGACUCAGUACUACACCAUCUAUAGACAGAUGUACAGCAUGGAGCGACAGACCAUCUUCAGAUGCUGCCCUGGUUGGAGCCAGCAGGACCAUGAACCUGGCUGCCCACGCUCUGUCUCUGCAGUGGAGACUUGUUUCAAUGGAAGGAGAUGCUCAGACAGUGAAGCCCAGAGGUGCCAGUGUUCUGAAGGUUUUCAGGGACCCCACUGUCAAUAUGAAGUCAACGAGAAUUUGGAUUGAGCAUCUGCAGAAUACCAGAGUGCUGUGGGGGAUAUACAGCAGUGAACAAGACUGUUUCUUUGAGAAAGCAGUUAAACCUCCAUUUACAUCAGUUUCGGAAUCCUGAACUAUUUCAACAAAGUGAACCUAACCUGUACAGUAUUUUGAGUCAGCUCAUACAAAGGAAUUUUAAAAACACAUUAUUUGCAAGAAGUUGUCAGAGUAAAA